AUGGGUAAAGUUCAACUUCAUGUCGGGAUCAUCGGUGCAGGCCUUGGAGGAUUGGCGGCGGCAAUUUCAAUUGCCAGAGCUGGCCACAAGGUAACAAUCCUGGAGCAGGCGCCUGCCCUUGGAGAGGUCGGCGCAGGCAUCCAGAUCCCACCCAACAGCACGCGCAUUCUUUCCCGCUGGGGUCUCCUUCCGGCCAUUGAGAAGGUCUCGGUACGCCCGCAGAACUUCAUCUUGCGCUCCUACCGCGAUGGUAGGAUCCUCUCCACCCAAGCCCUCAUCCCGCACUGCGAAUCCGUCUACGGAUAUCCUUACCUCCAUAUCCAUCGCGCCGACUACCACAAGAUCCUCGUCGAUGAAGCCGAGCGACUGGGCGUCGAGAUCCGCCUCGGUAGUAUCGUGACGGACAUCGAUUUUGAGCUGCCUGCCGUCCACAUCAAGAACUGCCCUGAACCCUUCACCGCAAAUCUCAUCAUUGGCGCAGACGGCCUCAAAUCUGUCUGUCGAGAAGCCCUCCUCGGCCGUCCUGAUCCACCCCAUCUCACGGGAGACCUGGCUUACCGCAUCAUCGUCCCCGCCGACUCGAUGAAAUCCCACCCGCUGCUGCGCGAUCUCGUCGCCGUGCCCAACAUCAAUUACUGGAUGGGUCCUGACUCGCACGUGGUCUCAUACCUCCUACAGGGUGGCAACCUGUACAACAUCGUGAUUGCGUGCCCGGAUAACCUGCCCGAGCUCGUCAACCAGCAGAAGGCCGAUCUGGACGAGAUGCACGCCCUGUUUCAAAAUUGGGACCCACAGCUCCGAGCGCUGUUGGAGCUGUGCAAGGACACGAGCAAGUGGCGCCUGCAGAACUCGCGCGAGAUGCCCUCGUGGAACCACCCGAGCGGCCGAUUCACGCUGCUGGGCGACGCCUGCCACGCCACGCUGCCGUACCUGGCCCAGGGCGCCGCACAGGCCGUCGAGGACGGCGCCGUGUUAGGCCACCUGUUCGAGAAGAUCGAAUCCCGGUCCCAGGUCCCCGAUUUGCUGGUUAUCUACGAGAGCGUGCGCAAACCGCGCACCACGAGGGUCGUCAAUGGCUCGUCGCAGCUGGGCCGCGAAAUCUUCCACCUUCACGACGGGCCCCGCCAGAGAGAGCGCGAUCGCCAACUACUCGCGUGGCAGGCCGACCCGUUCGACGGAUAUCAGAACCGCUGGCGCGAUCCCGUGUUCCAGAAAUUCCUGUUCGGGUACGACUGCAGGGAGGUCGUCGAGGAGGCGUGGGAUCGAUAUCUGCAGGGCCGCUAUCCCGGAACGAUGGGCCGGUUUGUAUGCGGUGUGCUGGAGGUCGAGGCGGUCGAGGCGGAAAUGGAGACAGAGGACGUGGAGGAGUUGAACAGGAAAGGAGAGACGAGGACCACCGCCGAAGCGGGCGACCAGGCAAGGCUAUGA